AGUCAAGAGUGGCUUCGCAAUGACAUUGGCCAGCUGCCUCAGCACUCACAGAAUCAGUGAUUUGCUGCUCUGAAGGUUAGUUGACUCCACUUACGCCACCAUGGAUGAACUACAGGAUGUUCAGCUGACAGAGAUCAAACCCCUUCUGAAUGACAAGAAUGCUGCUCGUAACUUCCAGGACUUCGACUGUCAGGAACAUGACAUUGAGACAGCUUUUGGAGUGGUCCACGUCACCAUGCGGGGCAUACCGAAGGGGAACAGACCUGUCAUCCUCACAUACCAUGACAUCGGCCUCAACCACAAAUCCUGUUUCAAUGCAUUUUUUAACUUUGAGGACAUGCAAGAGAUCACUCAGCAUUUUGCUGUGUGCCAUGUGGAUGCGCCAGGCCAACAGGAAGGAGCCCCCCCAUUCCCAUCUGGGUACCAGUAUCCCAGUAUGGAUGAACUGGCUGAAAUGCUCCCUGCUGUUCUGACACACCUAAACCUGAGGAGCAUCAUUGGGAUUGGCCUGGGAGCUGGUGCUUAUGUCCUCAGCAGAUUUGCGCUCAAUCACCCAGACUUGGUGGAAGGACUUGUGCUGAUUAACAUUGAUCCAUGUGCAAAGGGCUGGAUUGACUGGGCAGCAUCCAAGUUUUCAGGCUGGACAACCAACAUAGUGGAUAUUGUCUUGGCACACCAUUUUGGCCAUGAAGAACUGCAGGCAAAUCUAGAUUUGAUCCAGACAUACAGGCUCCAUAUUGCGCAGGACAUUAACCAAGAUAACCUUCAGCUGUUUCUCACCUCAUACAACAGCCGUAGAGACCUGGAAAUUGAGAGACCAGUUCUUGGCAUCAAUGAAAAUACGGCAAAAACACUCAAGUGCCCUGCCUUGCUAGUAGUUGGUGACAGCUCACCUGCAGUGGAAGCAGUGGUUGAAUGUAAUUCACGGCUCGACCCAACCAAGACUACCCUUCUGAAAAUGGCAGACUGUGGGGGCCUGCCCCAGGUUGUUCAGCCUGGGAAGCUGACUGAAGCUUUCAAGUACUUUGUGCAGGGAAUGGGCUACAUGCCAGCAGCUAGUAUGACCAGGCUGAUCCGCUCGCGUACUCACUCCUCCUCUAGUGUGGGCUCUGGGGAGAGUGUCCGCAGCCGGUCUCAUACCAGCAACCAUGGUGAAGGAAGUGUUGGAACCCCAGAAGCGAUUGAUCUCCAGGAAGCACCUCAAACUAUGGAAGUAUCCUGUUAAGCGGGAGACUCUCUUCUGGAUUCAGACAACUCCACUUGCCUCCAGUGAACCCACUCAGCAUUUCAUCCAACAUGGCAUUAACUGUUCUCUCUAACUUGUGCAUGCCCAUCUGAGCUGCCACCUCCUUGGUAGUCUGUACUUGGCAUUACUUUGGUCCUUUCUGUAUUCCCUUGGCAUCAGAGCCUCUUUAAAACUCAUUACCAUUCCGCAGUCUUAGUAAGUCAUGUUACUGUACAUGCUGAUACCACCUCCUGUCUGUGCUGUAUAUCAAUCCAGAUGACAGCCAUUGUCUCCCCCUUUCAUUUAAAUAUAAUUUCUGUGGCUUUGUGAGGUUUAGAAUUGCUUUCUAGUUGUGCUUCUGCUAAAGGACCCUUGUGGUGCAGUUUGUAUGAUGUCUGUGGGAUGCAGGAAAGCAAGACUAUGAUGGUGUGAAACUCCAGCCAUCAGAGGUGGGCAGUGCUCUCCUGCAGAGCUGUACCUGGAGGGCAGAACCCACCAGAGGGUCUUUGGAUUCCCCAGACUCUUGGCAUGCCGAGCAGUCCUGGGGAGAACAAAUGGUCAGAAAUACUGUCUUGGUCUCAUCUCUGUAUGUGUGUUAAGAAGGAGUAGGAUGAUUUCUUACCUGAGCCUCCUGAAAGGGCAAAGCAAUUAACAAGUUAACUUACACUAACCAAGGUGCACUUUUCAACAGAGUACAAGGGAUUAAACGACAGCAGCCCUGGCUUCCAGACUGCCUCUGCUGACCCACCAGAACUCUCCUGCAGCAGUUUUUGCAGGAGGGCCAGAUGCAGAUAAGAUAACCCUUAGUCACUAUUUCUGGUUAUUAGACCAUCUUCCCUGGUGCAGGAAGCAGGAGUUAGCUUCAACUAAGUUGUGAAAUGGGCAGCAAUGCCCCCUUGCAGGGGGAGAUCCAGAGAUCUCCUGCACUGCCAGCUCUGCUUCCCACUGCUGCUAUCCCCGGGCAGGGUGUCUGCACAGGCUAUUAAAUGAGCCUGAAGAAAUACCAGUGAAUGUAAAUGACUCUUACCAGACGCACGUCUCUUACACAAGCCAGAAGUGUGAGCAGUGAAUGUCUACUGCAGGUACUGGUUAUUGUCUUCAUCAAAUUCACAGUUCUGCUGCCUUUUUGCAUCUGGCUGGAUCAGAGGCAAAUGCCUGCUGUGUGCCAGGGUCUAGCUGUUAAAUGGGAGAAAAGGGAUAAGUGGCCAGGCUAAUAUAGGUCUCUUGAAAGACAAGCAAGACAUCCUUUCUUAACUGUUGAGCAGUCCUGACUCAGUGGGAGCCAGCUCCUCCAAGGGUCACACUUAAGUUCUGCUCCAUUUCAGGUAGGGAAUGGGACUGGGAGGCUCUGCCUGAGGGGGACUUUGUACCAGUUAUUAAAUAAAGCUAUAACUGAGUUUCAUUGUUAA